AUGUAUGUGAAGGCCGAGUUUAGGGCUCACAGAAAUGUCGACAACCCCGUACAAAUCAUUGGCUUUUUGUCGGAGUGGCAAAUGUACUGCCAGAUGCUAGAAGGAGACUCGUGGAAAGACGCCAAGAUGGACAAGGCGAAGAUUGAUAAGAUGAGCGAUCAACAAAUCGGCCAGCUAUAUGAGCUUAUGAAGCAGAUUAAGAACCAAUCACAGGAGGAUGCGGAUGCCGAAGAUGCAAGAGUAAUUGGAAUGCUCGACAAGAAGCCCCCAAAGGAUCAAUAA